UGAUGUCAGAUCCGGUGUACAAAUUUUCCCAAGAUUACCGAUAAUCAGCCACGCUGAGUUUCCACAUUUCAGAUGAGCGAAUGUCUUGUUUGAAUACCAGGACGAAGUUGGGCCUUAGUCCGUGCGGAGUUAUUCACAGGACGCAAUGGUUAAAGUGGUCUUUCUUCACCCAGAUUUGGGAAUCGGAGGCGCUGAACGAGCGGUCAUCGACGCGGCACUCGCCUUGAAAAGUCGGCAACACAGGGUUGAGUUUGUGACAUGUCAUCAUGAUCCCAACCACUGUUUUCAGGAAACAAAAGACGGUAGUUUAAAAGUGACAGUAGUCGGGGACUGGCUACCCCGCAGUGUGUUCGGCCGCUGCAUGGCUCUGUGCGCUUACAUUCGCAUGAUUGUGGCCGCUUGCUACCUCGUCAUGUUCAGCAGCAUUCAGUACGACGUAAUAUUCUGCGAUCAGAUAUCCGCCUGUAUACCAGCCCUCACAUUCAGUGGCAAGAAGGUGCUGUUUUACUGUCACUUUCCGGACAUGCUGCUUACCAAACGACAAACAUUCCUGAAGAGACUGUACCGAGGACCUAUUGAUUGGCUUGAAGAGAAGACUACUGGAAUGGCAGACUGUGUGCUAGUCAACAGUAAAUUUACAGCCACUGUCUUCAAGUCAUCCUUUAAGUCCCUGUCUCAUAUCCAGCCUAAGGUGGUCUACCCAAUUCCUGAUUUUUCCGCCUUCCAAAAGCCAAUAGAUCCCCCAGGAGAUCUCCUCCCUAAACAGGCAAGAGUGAUUUUCCUGUCCAUCAACCGAUACGAGAGAAAGAAAAACUUAGGGCUGGCCAUCCAGGCACUAGCUAAACUUGAGGAAAAGCUAGGAAGUCUGGACAAAAUCCACCUAGUAAUGGCAGGAGGUUAUGAUGACCGAGUUGUGGAGAAUGUGGAGCAUUACACAGAACUGAGGAAACUGACCACAGAUCUGAAGCUGGACGACCACGUGACGUUCCUAAGAUCGUUUAGUGAUACGGAGAAGCGAACUUUGCUGCAUAACAGCUCCUGUCUCCUCUACACCCCAGACAAAGAGCACUUUGGGAUUGUUCCUGUAGAGGCUAUGUUCAUGAAGUGUCCUGUGAUAGCAGUGGCCAGUGGUGGGCCUCUGGAAACAGUAGCUGAUGGUCAGACAGGCUACCUCUGUGAACAAAGCCCAGAGAGUUUUGCUGAAGCCAUGGUGAAAAUUACAACAGAUGAAAAGCUCAAAGCCAAAUUAGGGCAGGCAGGACAUGACAGAGUCAUAAAGAUGUUUUCUUUUGAUGCUUUCACCAAACAGCUGGACAGUAUAAUUAAUGAUCUUGUACCCAGUGUUAAGAGUUAAACCAACAAUCGGUUGUGUGUGAAAACGGACAUACAAGCCACAGAAAAGCAAGAAUAAUAAAGAGAGAUGCAAAUGUUAUCAAAUGUUAUAAACAGUUAUUUAUUUUACUGGUAAGGUACCAACA